CCUUUAUGAUUUGCUUCUGUACAUCAGCUGUUAUUUGCAUUUCUCUUGCAGUCACAGGAUAUAUAUAUAGACCUGCUCAGAAUGUGUGCCGUUAGUUACUCUGAAAUCUCAUUAGAAUUAUCCUAGAGGUGACUUUCAGUUCCUGAGGUUUGGAAUAUGUUAUUAGAGUUUUUGAGGAAAGCCAGUUUGAAAGAGCCAAGUACUGGGAAGCAGCAGGCUAUGCAGAAUGAAAUAAUUCAGUUUGAGGCAAAGAUUUGCAUUUAUUAGCACUUCCUUUAUGUUUGGCCUUUUAAUUUGAAACUAAAAUUUAAUGUUGAAUGAUGAAUUACAAUUGAAAGUGAAAGUUUCAUGGAACCAGAUGUUGCUUUUAGUUUUGUUUUUUAGGAAACCAUAAAGAAAUUAUAUAAAAAAUAAUUAAAACAGGUUUAGCAGCUGCCUGAACCAUAUUUUUCUGGAUGUUGAUGUUGAAUAUGACUAUUUUUGGGGUUGAUGUGCUUUGAAAAUGGGUGGUGUCGAACCAGAGCCUCCAGGAUCAUUGGAAAAUGCCACCUGCAUGAACAUGUGUGUGUAUAAGUUUGUGGUAGGCUUCUGUUCCAUACUUGGGACCUGAAUAGCUGGAUCAGUUUCUACAGAGGAAUUGAAGGAGAGGGAAUAAAGUGAAAAACAAGCUAGGAAAGGUAACAAAAGUUCUGGAAAAACGCUCAAAAAUCUCCCAAGCUGAGAUGUGCUGUACUUGUUUAAGAAGGAUCAGAGGCAGAGCUUGGGCACAUGACCCCAAGCGACUCAAUGCAAAUGAGGGAGCGUAUCCUCAGGUUUUUGGCACAGAGGGUUCCUCGCUGUUCGAAGCAUGCUAUCAGCUAAACCAGUUCUGGAUGCAGUGCAAGCUUUGGCAGCAGAAGAAAUGCUUGGGUACUCUCUGAAGAUUGAAGGCGAUGAGGUUUGCUGGGAUGGGUAAUCUUCUUAAGGUCCUUACCAGGGAAAUUGAAAACUAUCCACAUUUUUUCCUGGAUUUUGAAAAUGCACAGCCCACGGAUGGAGAAAGGGAGGUCUGGAAUCAGAUCAGUGCAGUUUUACAGGACUCAGAAAGCAUGCUUGCAGACCUUCAGGCUUACAAAGGAGCUGGACAAGAAAUUAGAGAUGCAAUACAAAAUCCCAAUGAUAUCCAGCUGCAAGAAAAAGCAUGGAAUUCAGUCUGUCCCCUGGUUGUAAGGCUAAAGCGCUUUUAUGAGUUUUCACUCAGAUUAGAGAAAGCCCUGCAGAGUUUACUGGAAUCCUUGACAUGCCCUCCCUACACUCCAACUCAGCACCUGGAACGGGAACAGGCUCUAGCAAAAGAGUUUGCAGAAAUCUUACAUUUUACUCUUCGUUUUGAUGAACUUAAGAUGAGAAACCCAGCAAUUCAGAAUGACUUCAGUUAUUACAGGCGGACAAUAAGUCGCAACAGAAUAAACAACAUGCACCUAGACAUUGAGAAUGAAGUGAACAAUGAAAUGGCCAAUAGGAUGUCCCUGUUCUAUGCAGAGGCCACACCAAUGCUGAAAACCCUCAGUAAUGCAACAACACAUUUUGUAUCAGAAAACAAAACGUUACCAAUUGAAAAUACAACGGACUGUCUAAGUACUAUGGCCAGUGUAUGUAAAGUCAUGUUGGAAACGCCAGAGUACAGGAGUAGAUUCACCAGUGAAGAGACCCUUAUGUUCUGCAUGCGAGUAAUGGUGGGAGUUAUUAUCCUGUACGAUCACGUUCACCCUGUUGGAGCUUUCUCAAAGACAUCAAAGAUUGAUCUAGUGCAAUUCAUAUAUUAUUGUUCAAUAGUGGCAUGCUUCUGUUCCCAGAUGAAGGGAUGCAUAAAAGUUUUAAAGGAACAACCACCUGACUCUGUGGAAGGACUUCUGAAUGCUCUCAGGUUCACUACAAAACACCUGAAUGAUGAAUCUACUUCAAAACAAAUUCGAGCUAUGCUGCAGUAGUAUCCACAGACAAGCAGAUGUUUGUAUUGAUCACAGAAGAUGUGUAUGUUUACAUAAUUUAAUACAGUUUGAUGUUAAUACUUGUGUGUAUUUACAUAACCAUUUUCUUCACAUUGCUAAAAUAUAUGAAUCUGUUCAUAACCUGACUGACUUUACAUAGUGCAACCUAAGUUUUUAUUCUAGCCUUUAUCUUUUGACUUUUAAAAUACUUUUUUACUUAGAUGCUUCAGUUAAGACAGUUUAUCUGUGCAUUUUAAUCCUUAAACACCUUCUCUAUCAGAGAAGUAGUAGUGAAGACAAAAUGGAAAUCAAACUGAAAUGUCAAAGGUACCACAGAAAAGGAAUUUUAAAGAAGAAAAAAGUUAAUAUAAGAGAAAGCAAAAUUAAUUUGAUAUGUUUUGAAGAACAUGGGCACAGUUUUUUGGUCAGUUUUAGGAUCUUGUCAAACUAGUAUGAAUAGGAGAAUAUCUGAAUGUUCAUCACUCAUAAAAUGCAUUGUCUUUCCUGUAAUAAGUGGAGAUCCACCUAAUUUUAUGGAUUAUGUGCUGUCUGGCAUCCAAAAAUUUCAAACAGGUAAUUUUACCUUUUUAAUUAAGUAUAACCCGUACCUUUCAUCAACUGAGGAAAUUAAUAUCCUUUUUUCAGGUGCAGUAUAAAUAAACAGAAAAUAUGCUUAAAGAUCAUUGCUAGAUUUUGAAAACUCUGUAUAAUUUUAUUAGAUUUAGAAAGGAAAGGGAAAAUACUAAUGCCUUGACUUAACCGGAAAAGGUUUGUCAGUGUAAAUAAAUCACAGUGAACAUUAACUACCAGACAGCUCUGGCCAGUAAUUUUUUGGCUGAUCUAAACUAAUACACUCUUCUGUAGCAAAUUUCCCUGGUGUCAUAUCGGCUGCAUCAGACUAGGGAUGGUUUAUAAUUAGGAGCUGAUCUUUUCUUAGGAGCUCCAUUAAGUUCCUGGUAGUAUUAUUCAUUAGAUGACUCAGAGUCAACACAGAAAUAUUUAUCAGCUGACUGCUCUUCACUGGCUUUUAAGAUGUGAUUGAUACUUCAAGCAGUUAAGUUCCUUGCUGAGUUGUUUGUUCUUACUUUCUGGUAAAUUUUCCAGUUAAUGGAAUAGAAAUACUUUGCCAAAAGCAGCAAAGUGCUCAUGCUCUGUUAUGUGUGUCUACUGGGUGGUCUGCAGUUGCUGUACAUAUUCUUGCAGAGGUCACGUUCAGAAAAUGUGUUUGAUUUUGUGUACUUUGCUUGCAUGUAUGUGUGGAAACUCCAGUGCUUGUGCACAGAUUCAGAUUUGUAUUUGCUUAUCUCCAUAUAGAUAAAUCAGGGUUUGUGUGCUUUCACUGGAAUUUUCAUGCACAUCUCUUCUAAAAACAUUACCUUAAGACUUUGAAGAUGCAUUUGGUCUGCUGGAACUCGGCUGCACUGUGACAAACUGUGUCAUUGAACUCAGUCCUUAAACAGUAUUUAUGUCAAGUUCUCUGGAGUAGGGAUUCACUUGAGAGCUUAUUUCUGAGCAGAGCAACCCCUGUCAGGUUUCUCAGACCUGAUCAGAACCCACAGGUGCCAGUGUCAUGCACGUCCUGAUGCUGGACAGCACCACAGCUCCAGCAUUCAUGUCACACCCCUGCAGGUGCAGCAGCCGGUUGCUAUGAUGUUGUUGGGGAGAGAGUUAGAACUCACUCACAUUAGAUCUUUUUCUUUUUCUGAAAGCAAUGACCACACUUUUUUCACAGUAGUAAAUCCACUGUUUACAGGCUCCAUUUUUAAUGGGGGGGCAUUUAAAAAUGUGUGUUAGGGAAAAUCCUGCUUUGUUCAUAGUCACUUCCAGUUAGGUAAAUUAGGUGGAUGACAGGCCAUUCUGUUGAGCUUUGGUAACUGAAGUUAAUAUAUGCUUACCUGCAAUUUUUUGUCAAACAAUGAAGUCUUAUCUUUAAGUAGCCCAGAGAAAAACUAUUUGUCACUUGUAUAAUAAAAAUGUAAACCUUAAAGCAUUCUGUGAGUUGUCAUGUGCUGUUUGUGAAGUCAUGGGAUUUCUUGGCCUGCUUUGAUGUUUUUGUACAGAAGUUUGUUUGAAAUAAUAAAAAAUUUGGUACAGUAA